CCAGGCCCCAACCCCCUAGCCGCGCUGGACUGGGCCCUUGGCCUCCGCGUCCGCCUAACCACGAUCCUGGACGACCACAUCUCAGGCACAGUGUAUGCCUACGACGCGCACACGUCGACGGUGUCAGUGAUCACGUCGAGCACGCCGUCCGGCCCGGGCCCCCACGACAUCCGCAUCGUCAAGGUGUCGUUUCUCAAGGACGUGGCCGUGCUCGCUGUGGCCGCGCAGCCGCGCAAGGGCUUUGCGGGGGCCGAGCCGAAGAUCGGGCGUGUUGGGGGUCCCGCGCAGAGGGAGGGCCUGGCUCAAGCGGAGGAAAUGAAGAGGCUCGCGAGAGUCGGCAAGGGAGUCACUAGGGAGGGCCAGGAUAUAUUCGAUGCGUUGAGCAGGACCAUGCCGUGUCGUUGGCAUGAAAAGCAGAUUGUGGUGCUCGACUCGGUCAUGAUCUCGGAGCCGUAUGGGCUGGCGGAGGUGAAGGGCAACGACAGGAAGGCGGUGGAUCGGGUCAAGCACGUGCUCGAGGGCGAGAGACGGAAGCUGGAGACGGGAAAGAGGAUGGGGACACCGGUGUCGGCGGCGGGAGACAGGAAGGGCGGUUAG